GCGGCGGCGGUACCCAUGGCCCUGCCGGCCGAGGCGGACCGGCUGGAUGGGGGCUGGCAGGAGGUCUACUCCGCGCUCCAGUGGAUCCAGUUCACCAUGGCCAUGCUCAGCGUUGUAGGUUCCAGCUCAAUUAUUGCCUACGCCGUCUUCCAAAACGCAGUGCGGUCCCCCGAGGUGCGUCCACUUUUCUACCUGAGCCUCUCAGAUCUGCUGCUGGGCAUGUGCUGGCUGGCUGGGGCCCUGCUCUACAGCUCACCCACCUCCCAGCAGGACCUCAUCUGCUACAACCUGCAGGCCACGGGACAGAUAUUCUACGUGGCCUCUUUUCUCUACACUGUCAACUACACCUGGCACCUGUAUAUGGACCUCAAGGUGAAAUACAACCAGAACCUGUUCAGGGUGCCCCCCCAGGUUGUAGAUUAUGCAAGUUGUGUUGGCCGAAUAGCAACGAUCUUGUCAAGCCUGAUCCCUUUCCUCCUCAUGGUGCCGGUGUUCUGCCUGGGCAACAGCAGUAAUUGCUACCAGAACUUCAGCCAGAAGCACGGGUGUCUCCUGAUGCACACGGAGGUGGCCGAGCCCCCCAGCGCGCCGCAGGGCCUGAGCGGCUCCGUUUGCCGCGCCAUGCAUUUCUACGGCAUCGGCGUCUUCCUCGUGUCCUUCCUCAUCAGCUUCGUGGCCAUCCUGGUUAUCCUGAGUCAGGCCCGGGGGCUGUACAAGAGGUUUGUGAACUCCACAGGGUUCCUGGGGGAUCAGCAGUGGGCCAUGAUUAAGAUGGUGGAACAACGAGUGGUUUUUUACCCCAUUGCCUUCUUCUGCUGCUGGGCCCCAGCUGUGCUCCUUGGGAUGCUCAAACUGACUGCUUCAACAACCAGCAAAAUCUACAUGGCUCUGCUGAUCCUGCAGGCUCUCACCGCAGCUUCCCAGGGGCUGCUGAACUGCCUGGUGUACGGCUGGACCCAGCACGUGUUCCUGUCGCUGAAGCGCGGCUCCCGCCGGGAUGUGGACACGCAGACCCCGCUCCUGCGCUCCCAGAAGAAAUUCUACUCCAGCACAGCCCCCUCGGGCCCGCCCGACCCCGCGGGCUCCUCCUCCACCCUGCUCUGA